CCUCAGAGGCUUAUGUAUAGCGCUUGAACAAAAAUUUGUUGAAAUGUAAUGUUUGCAUUUGAAAUUGAAAUAGUGACCUCUGUCUGUAGGAUGGGGAGUUGGUACGAACAGGAAAUGCUGUUUUAAAAGCAGAGAUAAUGUCUGCUGACGGGAGCCGGGCUGCAGAGACAGAGAUAACGGACAAUAAGAAUGGAACAUAUGAGGUGGGCUACAUGUUACGCUCUGAGGGAGAGUACUCCUUCGCUCUGUCGCUGUAUGGACAGCCGAUACGUGGGAGCCCCUUCCGCCUGCGGGCGGUGAAGCCCUCAGACGUGCCACAGUCUCCAGAUGAUGUAAAGAGGAGGGUGAAGUCUCCCAGUGGGACAGGGGGCCACAUACGGCAGAAAGCAGUGCGUCGACCUUCCAGUAUGUACAGUACUACCAAGAAAAAGGAGAACCCCAUCGAAGAUGAGCUCAUCUACAGAGUGGGUUCCCGGGGAAGAGAGAAAGGAGAGUUCACCAAUCUGCAGGGAAUCUCUGCCUCUAGUAAUGGCAGAGUGGUGGUGGCUGACAGCAACAACCAGUGCAUACAGGUAUUCUCCAAUGACGGCCAGUUCAAGAUGCGCUUUGGGGUCAGAGGUCGGUCUCCAGGGCAGCUGCAGAGACCGACAGGCGUCACGGUUGACAUGAACGGUGACAUUGUGGUAGCUGACUAUGACAAUCGAUGGGGCAGCAUCUUCUCCUCUGAUGGCAAGUUUAAGAAUAAAAUUGGUGCAGGCCGGCUCAUGGGUCCUAAGGGUGUGGCUGUGGAUAAGAACGGGCACAUCAUCACUGUGGACAAUAAGGCCUGCUGUGUCUUCAUCUUUCAGUCCAAUGGGAAGCUUGAGACUAAGUUUGGCAGCAGGGGGACAUCUGACAGACAGUUUGCAGAAAAACUUGGCCCAAACUUAAAUAAAUCUGGCUCAGUUUUCAGUCCACACUUUGUUGCAGUGAACAACAAGAAUGAAAUCAUUGUGACUGAUUUUCACAAUCACUCUGUGAAGGUGUACAGUGCAGAUGGAGAGUUCUUGUUUAAAUUUGGCUCUCAUGGUGAAGGCAAUGGCCAGUUCAAUGCUCCCACUGGUGUGGCUGUGGAUGCCAAUGGAAACAUCAUUGUAGCUGACUGGGGUAACAGCAGAAUACAGGUGUUUGACAGCACAGGAUCCUUCUUAUCCUACAUCAACACCUCAGCAGACCCGCUGUACGGCCCCCAGGGCCUCGCCCUCACCUCAGACGGACAUGUGGCUGUUGCCGACUCCGGUAACCAUUGCUUUAAGGUUUACAGAUAUCUGCAGUAAGCAGCAGAAAGACGUCGCUGACACAACUCCUGUUCAGUCAAGUUAAUGUCACAUACUGCUUGUGGACAUAGAGCUGCAACAAACUGGCACAUUUUAUAAGUGGCUCCUAGUUUCUCAAAUCAAAUCCUUUCCAUUUUGUCUGCACAUACUUUUGAAGAUUUAAUAUUCAGAGUUUAAGACAAAGAAAUCUUGUAAUUAAAAUGUUUUUAAAGAUAAAAUAAGCUAGUUAAUUCCAAAAUUAUAGCAGAAACUGACAUCUCAGGAGACUCUUAUGGUGAAAUAAAGGUAAUACAAUUUUACAAGCAACUAAAGAAUAAAACGUCCUCUAAUGAGAUAUUUCCCUAUCGGAUCACUUAUGGGCCAUUGAAUUCUCAAAACCUUAGUGUUUUUAACUCAGUCCUCUGAGGGAAAGUACACCAGAAAUUAACCUCUGGAACAAGGCAUUUCAUUUCUAUUUCUUAUAAGUGUGAUCUCACCAGUAGAUGGCCUGCAGGUCUAAAGUUGGUGAUACACUAGAUUUUUUGGGCAAUGCAGAUAGGCUACACUCCCAGCAACCAGCAAACAAAGUGAAGCACAGAAGCAGAAGUCAAGUAUCUGGUGAGAAGCUGAUGCUUUGUGAUUGAAAUAACAGUGCUCAGGCCUUUUUUUAAACAUUGUUACAUGUCAGUGCAUGCCAAAAAAAUACCCUGUGGUCACUGCCUUAAAAUUAUUGCUCAAUAUACAUACAAGAAUACAUGCAGACAGGAAUGUGUUAUUUUAAAGGAAUUGUUUCUUAUCCUUAUUCUGCACCUUAUCAUAUUGAUCCUCCU